UGCAUCCUCCAUUGAACUGGCUCUGCACUGGCCUCUUCCUCUCCCGGCCGAGAUUGCUUUGUCUCUGGCUUCGAGUGAUCAUCCCCCGCAUCGAGUUCCACUGUCGAGUCUUUAUCUACAAGGGUACGUACCUGCCUGGACAAUCACCAACUAACGCACAGGGCACUCGAAUCAAAACCCUUGUGUCCGACGUCCUGGGUCCUAACAUAUACAAGCUACUCACCGAACCCAGCGGCCUAGAAGAACUCCAAAAAGGUCGCCAAUCCCCCCCCAGUCCGCUUCUCUUCGGCCCACGCUUUCUUGUCUUCCCUUGCCGAACCGCCGCAAACCGAACCGCGACAUCAUAUUCUAUCAGCCUUGUCGUUUUAUUUAUCGCCUGUCAAUCCGAGCCUCGCCCGCUCUCAAGUCGAUCAAGCACGGCGACGUCGUCGUCGACGCCUGCGCUGGGCGUCUUAUCGAGCCCCAGCACCACCAUUCCAGCUCGGCAUCCUAAUCGCGAAGCGGCAUCAACGAAUCCUCAUCCAUACAAAUUCCUCCCAGCCACUGAUAAUGGCCCCGUAUCAACCGGCUUCUGGGGCCUCAGACUCGAGUCCCGCCGCAUCAAUCAAUAACGCACAAGGUUCAGCACAGCAGACGCCUGGCGGAAACGCAAACCAAGCGCCUCAACACAAGCGCGUAUACCAAGCUUGUAUCCCUUGUCGGCGGCGCAAAGUGCGAUGCGAUCUUGGCAGUGUCGACAACCCCCACGAUCCUCCAUGUGUGCGCUGUCGUCGCGAGAGUAAAGAUUGCUAUUUCAGUGCUACUCGUCGCAAGCGCAAGACGGAUGACGAUGGAAGUGAUCAGGACGAUUACAUCACGAGAAAUGGUCGCAAGCGCACUAAUAGAAAUGCGAGCCCUCUGCCAUUCAUCGAACGUAGAUCCUACAGCAAUGUUCCCUUGACUCCGGGAGGUUCCCGAGGACAGCCCCAGCCGCUCCGUCGUCCUGAUGGUAGCAGAUCUGGUCGCGCGAGGGAUGAGUGGGGAGGAGAAGGUGAUGCCAACCAGACUCUUGAGAACAUCGAAGCUCAGACGGUUAUGCGACGAGGCGUAUUUGGUCCCCAGGAUGCACUGGACCUGUUGUAUAAAGCUGCAACGGAUAGUCCCGCUGUCGACCGGGAACGGAGAGAAAGCACUUCAUCUGCUCAUCCUGUGCCCCCUCGCCCACCACCUGAGGAUACUGGCCCUUAUGGUUAUGUCCCCAGAUCGACUUCCAAGCCACCAAAGACGGAGCAGCCCAUCGAUCCUGAGCUUUCACGGCCCGAGCUUAGCUCACAGCCUGGGUAUGCUGAAGCGAUCAAGGCAUGGCAACGCUUCCGGUUCGUUCGUGCUGGUUGGUUCACAGCCCUCGAGGCUAUCGAAUACAUUGACUAUUACUACAAAUACUUGUCUCCCCUUACACCCAUAUCGCCGCCCACUUUCAGUAACCCUGCAUCUCACGUCACUUUACUUUACGAAGAGCCUAUUUUGACCGUUACGCUUCUGACGAUCGCUUCGCGAUACCGUCAAAUGCCCGGUACCGGUGGUCACUGUCGAUCACACGCAAUCCACGAGCAACUAUGGAUGUAUCUACGGGGAAUGAUUGAGCGAUGCUUGUGGGGACAAGAAGCCUUUGGCGGUGGCUUUUGCGUGCCGCCAAGCACCAGUGCCAUUUUUGACGAGUCUCAAACAAGCAGUACGGCACCUUGGCGCGGACUACGCAAGGGCAGUUUGCGAACCCUCGGAACAAUUGAGUCGUUGAUGAUUCUGACUGAGUGGCAUCCUCGCGCCCUGCACUUCCCGCCAACUGAGGCUACUGAUGAACUAGUUCUUCCUAUGGAAGCCAGCUUUCAAGCUAUCACAGCUGCCGAUGAGGACCCAAGUAAGACUUUGGGUACUGGUUUCGGCGGCAAGAGGAUUGAGAGCUGGCUCGAGCCGGCCUGGAGAAGUGACCGAAUGUGUUGGAUGUUGCUCAGCACUGCAAAUGGACUGGCAUAUGAGCUAGGUGUCUUUGACGAUAUCGAUGAGCUACUGAGAGACGACGCUAUUACUCGCCCUGAGUAUCAAGAAGAAUCAUAUCGGCAGCGAGCUUUCCGAAUUAAACGUCUCUUGCUUAUCUACACCACACAGCUAGCAGGCCGUCUCGGCUGGACCAACAUGGCUCCAGCUCAUCUCAGGAGAAGCGAUCCUGCUCUGGCUCGAUUCCGACCUACAUCGGUGGAUGGAGCAACUCCUGGAACGAACCCUUCUUCGUUGUCUAAUCACUUCAACUAUGUCCCCGAUCUAGAACUGGAUGAUCAAAUUAUUCAUUGCUGGGCAGGCAUCAGCAAUGCUAUGGAAAUGGGUAACGAAAAGAUUUUCCGUUCACGGAAGUAUACCACACAAAUCAUCCAGAACGGGAAGUACAUAAGCAUUCUCAAGGAGUUUGAGCCUCUUCUCCGCGAUUGGUGGAGAGAAUUCGAGCUGUUCCGUCUGCCCGAGUUUAUCAGACACAUUCUGACAAUCGAGUAUCAAUAUGUGCGCAUCUACAUCAACUCUCUUUCGCUUCAAGCCGUUGUCGAACGCUGCACCAACCAAGCCGGGGCGACAGCCAACUCGGGACACCAUGGAGCAUCAGCCGUGAAUGGCCACCCGCAGUUGUCGCCCCAGACUAUGAUCAAUUAUGGGAAACUUCCUCUGGGUCAACUUGGUGGCUUCACUGCCCAUGACCAGGAGUAUAUCCGUGAAGUAGUUGAGGGAAGUCGGAACCUCCUUCGCACAGUCGUCGAGGGUCUUCUACCCGGCGAUUAUCUCAAGCAUGCUCCCGUGCGAACAUAUUUCCGCAUCAUCAGUGGUGCCAUGUUCCUGCUCAAGACCUUUGCGCUCGGCGCCCCGAGAUCAGACGUCAGAAUGAGCAUCGAAUUGAUGGACGCAACUGUUGAGGCGCUCCGAAACUGUGUCGUGGACGACGUACAUCUGGGAAUCCGUUUUGCAGACCUUCUCGAGUCUCUGACGAGCCGCCUCCGCAACCGAUUCAUCCAGGCUCCCACCAUGCAGCAGGCUUCUGGCAGGGGACAAAGUCCCGUUCCAGAUGGCCAGACCCAGAAUGGUGAUAGUCUUGCUGCGAACGGUGAAGGGAAUGCCAACUGGGUCGGUGGUCAUGCUCAGAGACUCCGAGACGGGCUCAGCGGAAACGCACCAGCUCCGGCUCCUACUCACGAGACCAACAAUAUUUCAGCGACGCCAUUUGAUCUAUCGGCCCAGAACUUCCCCUAUCCUGGGCAGGGCUCGCUGGGUCCAUCUACACCCACAGUCGUGGACAAUGCGGUUGCCAAUAUGGAUGUCAGCCUCUUUGAAGACUGGAACCACCAAGGCAACGAGAUGUGGUAUCUGCCUCCUGGCCCAGCUUUCUUCCAAAACGUGGAGAAUCCUUCCGUUGCCAUGGGACCUGAGGGUGUCAAUGUUGGUGGUCUCGAUCUUCUCGAGUAUAUGGCCAUGGAUCCCUCUCAAUUCCCCGGACUGGAUCCGUCUUCUGGCCCACCAACAAGCCACGCUUAGUAGGGCCAAGCUUUACCUUACUCUUGUGUGCUGAGAGAUUAUCUAUGCUUAUACCUUCUCGCAUUGCCGGUUACAAGUCGACUGGCCUGAGGUGCCUUCUCUAUCUGAACCAACUUCUAUUACACUUUUUUGAUGUCGAGAGUAUAUCUAUGGAAGAUCGAAGUCAUCGACGGCGUAGCAGAGAUCAGGAACUCAACAGUAUCAGUCGAACGCAAGGAUUAUUGUGACUCUGUGGGAGUAAGAGUGCAAAAUUCUCAUGCAGAGUGACAAAACCAGGAAACAAAAGACGUAAAUUAAACGAGGAAUUCUGCAUGUUGAGCGACAGACCAAAAAGAAUAUGUGGAUGGGCUUCUAAUUGAAGUUGAGGGUUGCAAUGAUUGGGGUUAUUGCAUUUUGGUAGUCUUAAGAAACAGAAACGUAGCACAAAAAGUUGAAAAGAUCCAAUAGACUUCUGUCGAAAGACUAGACAACGCUUGUCGUGAUGAUUCACGCCUAUGAUUGAAAUAAGUCUGAAUGAAGCAAGCGGCUGCCUUGAAUGGUCGG